GUAAUUGACUGGCUCAUGCCUAAUGGGCGGAGCAGCACAGCAGUUCCCAACACAAACACCGCCUGUGUGUGAAGUCUUCAGUCCGGUUGUCUGAACGGUUUGUAAGGGCGACAGCAGAUGCACUGUCCAGCCUGGUUUUUUAAGUCUGCUAAGAAGCUACUAGUCCAAUUAACCGAGGGGAGGCGGAAAUCCACGCGCGCAGGCUGUUACGAGCUAACUUACCGCUCCUCCUCGGCUCGACGAUGGAUAUGAGCGCCGCUCCGGUGCUGUAUGAUGACGACCUGACACCACAACAGCCCGCCAUCCGCGAACAAGUUGGACCAGAAGCGACGCGGCGUCUUCAGUGAGAUGCUUGUGUAUUUCGAGCGGUCGUAGACACGAUUCGGGCUCUCACAGUGUAAAGCCUUUAUAAGCUCCUGGAGAGGAGCCGCUGACAGGCCUAGGCGCGCGUCGUUUGGUGAGGACGCUGCGGAGUUUCCUCGGACUGUCUCGUGAAGGUGUAUUGUUAACAUGGAAACGUUCACCGACGUGCUGCUCGUCACCGCAAAUGUCGGCUCACUCUUUGACAAUUUGGGUGAAAUUCAAAGCGAAUGGUUACAAGAAUUGUACAAGACUAUCCACAUCUACAAGCCACAGUUCAUCGCCCUGCACUUCCAGGAGGUGGGAGGGAAGGACUACAUGGUUAACAUGGGCCAUGCAGAAAACUUCUUCCGGACCAUUGAGUCCAGUGAGGAAAUGAAAGAUUAUGACAGGGUCUGCAUCUACGUGGACAACCAGUUCCAAGCAGAGGACGGCUUCACGGCUCUGGGGAGCAUGUACUUCAUCCACAAGACCCUGAAAAACAUCUAUCAAUAUGACUUUAAUGUUAAGGAUUUUAAAGCAGUGUCGGGGCAGAACAAAUACGUGGGCUCUCUGGAUGGGGUCACCACAGUGGAGAAAGAAAAAUUUCCAAAGAAUUUCUGGCCUGAUUUCAAAUGGUCCAGGAAAGGCUUCAUGAGGACCCGCUGGAUCAUACACAACCAAGGUCUGGACCUGGUCAAUGUCCACCUUUUCCAUGAUGCCUCCAACCUCACUGCCUGCGAAUCCAGUCCUUCCAUUUACUCAGCCAACCGCAAAAAUGCUCUCAGAUAUGUCAUAAACAGAGCAAGGCUAAUGGAAACAAAGACUACAUCUUCGUGCUUUCCCUCCAGGAUAUCAGACAGCUGCUACACUCCUCUGCCUUUCUUCCUGUUUGGGGAUUUCAACUUCCGUUUGGACACGCUUAGCCUGGUCCAACAUCUGUCCACUACGGCAGAUGUGCAGACAGUGAAGAAGGACAGCAGCAACCAAGUAGAGAAAAUCAUCUGCGAAGAAAAAGACAAUGACCACCAGGUGUUGCUUCAAAUCGAGGAGAAACUGUUCACCUACCUGCACCAAGCGUAUUUCCGCGAGGACAAUGUCCCAUCACUUUUGAAAUAUGACAAAGAAGUUGCAGCCUUUCAUGAUGUUAUUAGGGAAGAGGAAAUAAAGUUUCCACCCAGCUACCCUUACAGUGAAGAGUACACUAAACCCACCCAGUACAUGAACACUCGCUGUCCUGCCUGGUGUGAUCGAAUCCUCAUGUCACACUCUGCCCAAGAAUUCAUCCGCAGGAGAGAUGACGAUGAGAGGGGCGUUGUUUACAACACAGUGGGCCCUAAUGUCUGCAUGGGAGACCAUAAGCCCGUUUUCUUGUUCUUCUCACUGAAGACAAAUGACCAUUGACUUGGAUCUUUCUCAAUGGUCCCAUCCUCGGAGCUCCGCCACAGUAUCAGUACCAGAGGGUAAUCAACAUGAUGGCUUACCCACUACAACCCACCCACCAGCCAGCCGCAGGCCCAGACUCAGUUAGCCUGCUGCUGUGAAAACCCCAUCCUCACAUCACUGGUGUCUCAGAUCUGCUCAUAUUUUCCACAAUGGCUUUAGUGACUCGAGCACAGAUUUAUCUGCAGCUGUCAUGAAUCUCUGAGGUAGUUCUCAGUGACACUGAGGGUGUUGCUGGAGUUGGACAAUGAUGACAGUGACAGUGAUUUAAAGACUCAAGUGUGUGACUCUGGAUCAGACCCUUUGCAUGGAUGUGUACAUGCAUAUGCAAAACCUUCUUAAAUUUCUGAUUAGAGUUAUUUUAGAUGUUACAUUUUUUUCAAAACAUGCCUUUUUUUUCUAUACAGACGCACCCCAGCCAACAGUUUGUCAUUCCUCAUUGGCCCCAUGUUGUAGCAACUGAACUGGAUAGCUUCUUUGCAGUAAGUUUUAAAUUAGCAGUUGAAUUCAGCCAAUCAUAAUCCAGUAUCAUAAAAACAUAGUGUAAGUAACUGUUGGUUAAAGUUUUAGAAGCAUAUUAGUGUUAUCAUAAACCAUAGUGUGUGUAAAAAUUAAAUCAUGAAAACUAAAAAAAAAAGGAUUUUUAGCAUCAAGUAUUGACCUUGUAAUGGACUACAUAUGUACACUUUUAUUUUGAACUUGAUGCCAUUUUUAGUUCAGGUAUUUAUUUUUUUUAAGUUGUUUACUACGACCGUAAGCAGGAUUUUACACCAGAGAGAAAACACAGUAGAGGAAUGCUGCGACAUCUCUGAUCAGAUGUUCUCUGUAGAUAAACACAUCAUUUAUGAAGGAUUUUUUCUCACAUGUUGUUUAAUGUAUAUGAGAUUUUUAAUAGUGGCAUUAUUUAAAAAUGACACUAGACAGUCAUAACAUUUUGAAGGAACAACAAACCAAUUGCAACAGUUUUGUUUGUAUAUGAGCGCUGUGGUAGGGACCGAAUUUAUUAGCAUAACGCAGAAUCUUUUACCCUGUUGAAUUUAUGGUGACACUCUUUCUGUGUACCGACUGUACAUUUAUACCAAGUGCUUUAUUCCACAAGCUACAGCUCAGCAAUUUUCAGUUUGUCAGUUUUAAUCAUCUUCACUCAGAGAAAGUUAUCUUUUUAGAAAUCUCUUUCGUCCUGUUUUGGCUGGCACCGACCUUACUUCAUUGCCAAAAGAAUUAUACUGCAGGCCUCAUGUGUUUACUUCUAACUGUAAGGAGUGUGGAUGUUCACAUGGUCAAAUGGCUUCACUACAACUUCACAAAAUCCUGCAUGUGUACAGUAUAUACACACAACACAAACAUCUGCUUCAGGAUUUCUUUGAUUUUUGUUUUAUUUUAUUUCUUUGAUUCAUAGUUUCAUACUGUAGCACCAGCUCUGUAAUAUAUUUUUGAUGUGUGGAUUAUUGGGUUUGAUUUUUUUUUUUUCUGUUCUGGCUUUAAUAAUGACUAAUUGAGAGACUUAUAUAUUUGUGGUUUGUUACUUACUUAAUUUGAUUUUUUGAUUUGAUUUUGAGUGUUUUGUGAAAGUUCUUCUGUCUUAAACAGCUUGGUGGCACUCAGUAUAUAUUCAUACAUACAUACAUGCAACUUUUUUCAUGCAUGAAUUCACAGAUAUUCAUAUUAAGUUUGGACCCAGCAGACAUAUUUCUACAGAGGAACUGAAGCCUCGCCAUUACAAGAUUAAGUUAAGACUCAGUGAUGCACGUGUCUGUGUAGGUUGAGAACAGUUUGUAAGUAAUAAACUUUUAGCAGUUCAUCGUUGAGCAGUCAUGGGAGUGGAGUUGGUUAUAAGGCCAGUAUUACCUUUAGAUUAACUCUGGUCCAACACUACAUCAUUGUGAUAUUUCACUUUUGUAAAUAAAAUAUUACCCUCAUAGAUAA